GUUUGAUCCGGCCCAUUUAGAAAAUCAGAUUUGGAAUAACCUAACCCUAGUAACUCGAUCUACCAUUUCUCUCUACGGCUCGUCUCUCAGCUUACAGCUCCUCUUCACCUUAGGCCGGUCGGACACAUCCUACACCACGCCGUUCGUCUAAUAUCCAGAGAUAUUUUGAAGGGGCAAGGCAUUCUUUUGCCAUGAGUAAGUUGCAAAGUGAUGCCGUGAGAGAAGCGAUAUCCCAACUAAUGGGCGAUUCAAAGGAGAAGAAUCGCAAGUUCACCGAGACCAUUGAACUUCAAAUUGGGCUGAAGAACUAUGACCCUCAAAAGGACAAGCGUUUCAGUGGUUCUGUGAAAUUGCCUCAUGUGCCACGCCCUAAGAUGAAAGUAUGCAUGCUUGGAGAUGCCCAGCAUGUGGAAGAGGCUGAGAAAAUUGGCAUGGAGUAUAUGGAUGUGGAGAGUUUAAAGAAACUCAACAAAAACAAGAAACUUGUGAAGAAACUUGCUAAGAAGUACCAUGCUUUUUUGGCAUCUGAAGCUGUUAUCAAACAAAUCCCUCGUCUAUUGGGCCCUGGUCUAAACAAGGCAGGCAAGUUUCCUACCUUGGUGACACAUUCGGAGUCAUUGGAGAACAAAGUUAACGAAACAAAGGCUACUGUGAAAUUCCAGCUUAAAAAGGUCCUUUGUAUGGGUGUUGCUGUUGGUAAUGUGGCAAUGGAAGAUAAGCAGAUUUUCCAGAAUGUUCAAAUGAGUGUGAAUUUUUUGGUAUCAUUGCUGAAAAAGAACUGGCAAAAUGUAAGGUGCCUGUAUCUGAAGACCACAAUGGGAAGGCCUAUUCGUAUCUUUUAAUUUAUGUUCUUUGUAUUUUUUAGUUAACUUCUUCGAAGGAGAAAUGAGAAUUUCUGAAAGUUAUUAUGAGGUACUAAGAACUGUAAAUCAGUCUUGUACUGCUGUUUUUGAAGACUCGUUUUCUACAGCAUCUAGCAUUUUGCUUUGUUGUGACUUGAGACAUUAGUAAUACUUUAUCUAUUGUAUUCUGUCCUACCUUAUGUAUUGGGAUAUUUCAAGCCAGCUUUACGCAUUAUGCAUUUAUGCCCUCAUAAAUUUGGUUAAAUUUCAACGUAUCUCUCCUUAUAUCAUAAACGCCAACUUCUGUUAGUAUGGUUCUUUUUCCG